AUGGCUUUCUUUAACCCUUGCUAUCAAUUUCUUCCCUUAUUGUUGUCUUUCUUUCUUUAUUUAUUUACUUCUUUCUUUCUUUCUUUUUCUUUACUUCUUUAUUUAUUUAUUUACUUCUUUCUUUCUUUUUUCUUUACUUCUUUAUUUACUUCUUUCUUUCUUUCUUUUUUCUUUACUUCUUUAUUUAUUUAUUUACUUCUUUCUUUCUUUCUUUUUUCUUUACUUCUUUAUUUAUUUAUUUACUUCUUUCUUUCUUUCUUUUUCUUUACUUCUUUCUUUAUUUACUUCUUUCUUUCUUUUUCUUUACUUCUUUAUUUAUUUCUUUACUUCUUUCUUUCUUUCUUUCUUUUUACUUUACUUCUUUAUUUAUUUAUUUACUUCUUUCUUUCUUUUUUCUUGACUUCUUUAUUUAUCUAUUUCUUCCAUCUAUCUUUUUUUUUUUUCUCCAUCAUUUUUUUCUUUUUCGCUUACCAACAUCAUUUUUCUAUACUGCUUUCUUUUCUCUUACUAUCCUUUAUUCCCUUAUUAUCGCCUUUCUUCCUUUCUUUUUUUUCUUUCUUUGUUCCGUUGCUAUCAUUUUUCCUUUUUCCUAUCUGUUUUUCUUUCUUGUUUGCCUACUUUACUUUUCUAUACGACGUUCUUUUCAAGUGCUAUCAUCUUUCUUUAUUCCCUUAUUAUCGUCUUUCAUUUUUUUCUUUCUUCCGAUGCUAUCAUAUUUCUUUCGUUUCUUUCCCCUCUAUAUCCGUUUCUUUUUCCUUUUCUGCUUGCCUAAUUGAUUUUUUGUCUAUACGGCUUUCUUUACUCCUGCUAUCAUUUCCAUUCCAUCUUUCUGUCUUCCUUGUUGGAGUACUUCUUUUUUUUUCCCUUUCUUUCUUUGUUUGCGUGCUUGACUUAAUUUGUUUUACUAUUUAUUGUUCUUUCUUUCUUUUUUUCUUUCUUUCUUUCUUCCUUUCUUUCUUUCUUUCUGGACAGAUCGUUAAAAAAAAAAGAAAUAUUACUGUCCUUUCAACCCAUUUCUAA